AUGGAUGAUUACGCCAGCAAGCUGAGAGAAGAAUUUAGCGCUUGCUACAUUUCUGUUUAAGGAAUAAAAAAAAAAAUCAAGAUCUGUCUUUUAAUAGGAGUCUCAACUUCCAGAUUACGGUUUUAAAAAAAAUCAGACAUCCUCUGCGGGUAAACAAAACUUGAAGACAACUUUUAACAAACUAAUGGAUAAGUGGCUGGCUAAUAUAAGCAGUAUAAUGUGACUGAUUAGCUAUGUAGCUAGCUAGCCUGAAAUUGAUAGCUAGCUAGUUGAGGAAGACACUCAAGCGGAAAACGAUGCCUCUUUCACGGAAACUGGUUGGCGUAUGUUUUAAAAAAGACAACUCAUAAGAAGUAAAGUUUUACUUUUUUGGAAGAGAAGUUUUAAAACUUUCUGCGUUGAAAUGAGUGAUUGUGCCGAAGAUUGCCAGCCAGCUAGUCUGAAUCAUAAUUUGGAUUUUCUUUUGUUGUAACGUUACGAACUUGCCAGUUAAGUUUGUGCGUAUGCUUUAGACAAUCUUUUUUUUUUCAGACUCGAUUUUUUGAGCCACGUAUAAUGGGCGACACAACUCUUAAUUUCACAUUACUACACAGAAUAUGCAGUGUAGUUGUGCUUCUCUGUGUUGUUCACCUUUCAGUUACUUUAUUUUUUUAUGUACGAACUUUAGAUCUGCGCAUUUCAUUUUUGCAAAACCAAGAAACGCAAAUUCCGACUCAGAUCGAGAAUUCUACAGUAUCUUCAAAAUACAACAUUUCUGAGACAACCAAGAACAGCGCUGUAUCAACGAGAGUUAUUUUGACCCCAAAUGCCACAGAGAAGGCGGCCAGAGCACUGGACAAAUGUCCGGAUCCGUCACCGCUUCUUGUGGGUCCACUGAGGGUGGAGUUCUCUGACCCGGUCACCCUGGACGGGGUCAGGAGCCAGAACCCGCACCUCCAGAGUGGGGGCCGGUACAAGCCCAAGGACUGCGUGGCCCUGCAGAAGGUGGCCCUGAUCAUCCCCUUCCGUCACCGGGACGAGCACCUCAAAUACUGGCUGUACUACCUCCACCCCAUCCUGCAGCGGCAGCAGCUGGACUACGGCGUGUACGUCAUCAACCAGUACGGAGAGGAAACCUUCAACAGGGCCAAGCUCCUGAACGUGGGCUACGUGGAGGCCCUGAAGGAGUACGACUACGACUGCUUCGUGUUCAGCGACGUCGACCUGAUCCCCAUGGACGACCGCAACACCUACAAGUGCUACAGCCAGCCCAGGCACCUGUCUGUGUCCAUGGACAAAUUUGGCUUCAAUUUGCCCUAUUUGCAGUACUUCGGGGGCGUCUCAUCGCUGAGCAAGGAGCAGUAUCUUAAGAUCAACGGCUUCCCCAACAACUACUGGGGCUGGGGUGGGGAGGACGACGACAUUUACAACAGGCUCAGCUUCAAAGGCAUGUCCAUCUCUCGGCCCGAUGGCACCAUCGGAAAAUGCAGAAUGAUCCGCCACCAAAGAGACAAGAAGAACGAGCCAAACCCUCAAAGGUUCGACAGAAUCGCACACACUCGGGAGACGAUGAACAGGGACGGCAUCAACUCCUUGGAGUACAAAGUGGUCAAUGUGGAGAAGGAUCAGCUGUACACAAAGAUCAUAGUGGACGUGGGGAAGCCGAGCAGGUAGCCUCAACGGUCACAGAAGGACUCUGUUUUUAAUGAUCUUUACAAAUUCACCAAUGCAAAGCCAAAUGUGCCUUGACCUGCAUCAUUCGCAAACGUUGCUCUUGGAUCUCAGAGCCAUAAAGAUCCCUCAGACUAUACACUUUCUUGUUAAUGUUUGCACAGCCGACGGAGAAUUGUAUGCAUUUUUAGGAAUUAUUAAAGAAAAACACAUAUUUCUAUCAAAGAGGGGUGUAUGGGGUUACAUUUUACAAAGAGCAAAAGAAGAGACCAUUGUGAACUGGAUACGCAAUGUCUUGAUGAGACGGUUGGACUCGUUAAGGUCACUCCAGUCUGGUCGGCAUCUUUUGCGGUGUGCACAUGAACUCUUGCCUGUUGGUGAUGCUGGGAAAUUUAAUCUCAAGCCAUGAAUUCAAUCUGUCUUCAAGUCAAUAUUGUACAAUGAAAGCUGGACCUAUUCAUUUGCAGUUGGGACACUCCACCCACAGAAUCCGAGUGGGUCCUUCCUCGUGUCUUCUUGCGCAUGUGUACCUUUGUGUAAAAGUAGCAGAUGGGAGGUUUUUGUGUAUUUGUAGUAGAGGGCAAGGGUGAAUUCCGUAUUGUCCCUUUAACCAAUACCUGGUGGAGGAAGGUCUCAUCUAUCUCUGUCACAGUGGUAUAGAUAAGAGUGUAUGACAGUGUUUCAAAAGCACACAGCCAGACCAGCUUGAAUCACAAAAGUGAAAUCUGAACUGCACAAAGCCACUGUGACUUGGAAAUGACCGCCUCCACAUCCUUUUAUUUUGUUGGCUGACUAAACCAGCUAUCUUAACUAGGAAUGGACCUUUUCAAGACACAGCAUAAUUUUGUCCACCAAGUCUUUAUUCCCAGAUACGUUUUCUGAGAGAUUGCAGUAAUUCUCAAUCACCAUUUCACAGAUGUGCUUCAUUGGAUCCAUACAGGGCCUUCAUUGGUAGAUAUUUUUGCAUUAAGAAAUGGAUGGGAGGGGACUCUGAGCUGAAACCCAGGAAUGGGGCUCUUACCUUGGACAGGGGUGUGUCCACAUAGCUAUGAAUCUCGGGCCUGUUGGUGAAGAAGAUUCAUCUGUAAUAGCUUUAUUUACAGCCUCUUUUUAAAUGCAGUUAGACACUGCCUCUUUUAUAUUUUUUUCUGUUCUCCAAGUGCUCUUUUUCUCUCUGCGGUGUGUGACUUGGUCCCAGGAUAUCAAACCCAAAGAACCUGCCAAACCUCAUCCUUCUAAGACCUAUAUCUUCCAAAGAUGAACCUCUCUCAAAAAACCUCCGUCUUUCCUCGCUAUGAUCAAAAGGGGAAUGAAACCAUUACCGCCACCAGAAGUCAUGUGGGUUGUUCUGCUACAUUGGAGACAGAAGUGGGAUCUUGGGUGUUUUUGUCUGAUUUGUAUGUUUACCUGUGAACAAAAGUCUCUAUUUAUCAUUCUGCACUGUGGUUGAAAAAUGCGGAAGGGAGUGGGUAUGUGAGCCCAGCUGUGUUAUAGGUUACCGAAGAGUGUGACAGGUUUGGCCCAAAAAUCUGGCACUGUUUAAACCUCAAGUGGACACGAGAGGCUACAAGAGGCUAAUGCAUGCUGGGACAUGUGAUGGCUGCUGUGACAAACUGAGAGUAGUAAGGGGUAAAUAAAGCUUCAGCUUGCUGUAUGUUGUUUUCUUGGGUGCUUAUUUUAAAAGAGGGUAGAUAAUUUGUAAAAAAAAAAAAAAUCAUUUUUAAAGGUUUUAAUUUCUCUAGAUCUUACCAUGUCUGCCCUUCGGGUCCACAGUGCAUGAACAAGAAAUAAACUUGAAUUGAAUUAUGUAAAUGUAAGUAAUAUAAAAUGCUGGUUUUUUUAAGCUUUUUUUUUUAGUCUUUUUCUAAUUGCUUUUGAAAUUGGAUUUAUAUUCCUUCUCUUGCUCUUCUGGGUGACCCUUUUACCACUGUUGCAAAUCAUCUCAAGUGCUGGGUUAUGUGUUAAAAAGCCCAGCAAUCUUGCAGCUUAGAGCAGCCACUAGUUGAGGAGGAAAAGUCACUGACAACUGCUGGAGGUCUACUGAUUGCUACGCUGUCAGUACGAAAUGUCUGCUAAUUACUAUAUUCCUGACCCCUUGGUAUCUGCAGUUGCAGAUGUUUAGUCUCGAGGUUAAAUGGUCGUAAGAACAGUUCAGCUUAAAAGAUCACAUCAGUUACCUCAAGAGCGGUGGCCCUUUUGGGAAAAAUAAGAAGGGGCUAAAUGGGCACUGUUCAGAGACUACAGCUAAUGAUGGAUGUUGUUAAUAUUGUUAUUUAUUUGGCUCAGGUCAUCAUGGUGAGAUGCAUUAAAAUGCAUAGCAUAAUUUAAUAUUGUUUUACCUGUCACCGUCUGUAAAGUCAUUUUUCACUGUUCUGUGGAAACGCAAAGUUACUAUGGCAGCAUCACUUCAUCAGUCAAUAAGUGGCAAUUUAAGGACGGAUAUAGGUCAUCUGUAAAGACAUCAAAAUGUAGCACUCUGUCCUCAUUUUAGCAUAUAGCAUAAACAGAGGCAAACCUGAAGUGAAUUGUCCUCUUCCCGGGUUCGAUUAAUGAAGGAAGCAUCUUUCAGUAGGCAGGUUUCAGGGCAUGGUUGAUGCAUCUAUAUUACAUGUCACAUUUUCUGGAACAAAGAAACACUCCCAGGUCCUGCAUGCAUGCAUUUCCAUAGAACAAAGAGCAGAGUGCUCCGUGGAAACUGGACUGUGCCGGAGGAGUGGCACUUAAUCCACAUGCCUGUAUUUGUUUCCGCAGCAUUACAUUCAACAGACCUUCAGAUUUUACGCGUUUAUUUUUUUCAAGCAUGUGAUUUUGUAAUUGCAGAAUUAUGGUAUUCUAUGGGUUGUCCUGACAUGCUGAAUGUUUUUUUUUAUUCUCUCUCACCCAAAGUAUCCUGUUUGUUCUCGUGUUUUUUUUUUUUUUUUUGA